AUGAACUAAGAGGUUUAGUCAGAUUCAAGCUAUGUAUCAGCUGAUUUGCAUUUUGAGGUUAUAAAUAGUAAACUAGAUAAAUUAAUGUAGAUAGUAACAUUUACUGAGAAAAAACCUUCUAUUUAGAUGUAGGAUUUGUUAUAGCUUAAUGAUAAAGAAGAUGAAAUGUUAUUAUUUCAAAAGCAAGUAACUUUGGAAUUGUAGAAUAUAGUUAAUGAGCAGGAGAAUCAACUUAAGUAAUACAGAAACUAAAACUAAAAAAAAUAGAAUUAGUUUGAAAAAGAAUUUGCAUAAUUAUAGGAUUUCUAUUUCAAAGAAAAUAGAAAAUUAAAUGAAAUGGUGGAAUAUUUAGCAAAAGAGAAUCUUAAAAUUAGAGAGUAAUAUUGCGAGCAAACAAAAAAUUAUUAUAAAUUGCUAGACUUCAUUAAAAUUUUUACAUAAGGCUCGUUAUAAGAACAAACACGAAAAUAACUAGAAUAAUUAGGAGUUUAAAUAUAAGAUACAGAUCAAUAAAAUUGCCUUUAAGAAUUAUCAGAUGAAAACACAAAAAUAUUAAAGAAAAUAAAUGCUCUUGAAAGAUUUUUAAUUUAAGUUUUGAGUUCUUAUAAAAAUAACAAUGAAAAAGAAGAAUUGCUAAAUUUAAAAAAUUAAUUAGAGUAGAAAAUGAUAGAAAUGGUUGAUUUAAAUAUACAAUUUUAGGCAAUUAAAGAAUAAAAUGAAAAUUAUAAAAGGUAGUUAAAGAAGGCAAAAGUAUUUACUUAAGACAAUACAAAUUAAAAUAAAAAGAAAUAAUUAUAGAAUUAUAAUAAGAAAAAUGAAUCAAAAGCAAGACAGACGAGAGGCAAAAAAAUUAAUUUUUAAGAGUUCUUAAAAGAUUAUGAAGAAUAAUUUAACGAAGUAAGUUAUAAUAGUAGCAGUUCAAGCCCAAUUAAUUCUAAUUCUUGCAAUCAAGAAGCAUAAAACAAUUUUAAUAAAAAUGUAAAAUCUAAGAAUCUACAAAAUGAAGAUGAAUCUUUAUCAGAAAUUCAUGAAAAUAUCUUUGAAGAAGAAAAAGCUAAUAAUUAAAAAAAAUUAAAUAAGUAAAACUAUAAAAACUCCAAAACUGUUAGUUCAGACGAUGAUGAAGAAUCAGAAGGAGAAGAUUAAAGCUAAGAUAGUUUUAUUGAUGAUGAUGAAGAUAUUGAUGAUAACAAAAAUUUUUAAAAAAACAGAAAGCUCUUAAAGAUUUCUGAAAAAAAGGAAAAUAAUGAUUAAAGAAAUUAGAAAAAAGGGAAUUAAAAUCUAAAAGAGAGUGAUGAAAGCGAUUUUGAAGAGAGUCUAAGCGAAAAAUUAUAAUCUGAAGAAUAUAGUAGUGAUGAAAGCGAAGGCAGCCAGAAAAAAAAGAAGAAAAAAAAUAAAACAAAUAAUAAAUAAGAAAAUAAAUAAGUUACUGUUUAAAAAUAGGCAAAGCCAAUUCCAGAAAAGAAAAAAAUUAUUUCUUAAAAUAAAAAAAAAACUUCAAAAAAAGUGUUGAAAAAAAAUCAAGAAAAUUAAGACAGAUUAUUUAAUUAGCUAGAUAUGUUUUUAAAUAUGUAAAACUGA